CUUGGAUCGGCUUUUACGCGUUCAGCGUUACAUCUCCAUGUAUUUGUAGCAUACGUAUUCAAAGGAUUAAUAAUAAUAUAUGCAUCAGAAAGCUAUGGAGAAGUACGAAGUUCUAAGACAAGUGGGCGAGGGGUCCUUCGGACAAGUGUAUAAAGCAAAGAAAAGAUCUGAUGGUGAAAUCGUAGCAUUCAAAGUAAUCAGAAAGCGCGGUAGAUCGUUGAAGGAGUUGAAGAGCUUGCGGCAAGAAUGCGAGAUUCAACGUCACCUUCAUCAUCCAAACAUAGUGCAAAUGCUUGAUUCGUUCGAAACAGAUAACGAGAUAGUCGUUGUCACCGAAUACGCGGAUAAGGAAUUGUAUGAGAUAUUAGGUAAAGCAGGUCGUUUGUCUGAGCAAAGGGCACAAGUGAUAGCCUGUGAUUUAGUUUCUGCACUCUACUACUUGCAUUCCAACAGAGUAUUGCACAGGGAUCUUAAACCACAGAACGUGCUUCUCGAAAGCAAUGGGGUGGCUAAGUUGUGUGAUUUUGGAUUUGCUCGCAGUAUGAGUACAGGGACUCAUGUGUUAACUUCUAUAAAGGGUACACCAUUGUAUAUGGCUCCGGAACUCAUAGAGGAAAGGCCUUAUGAUCAUAAUGCAGAUUUAUGGUCUCUUGGUUGUAUAGUGUAUGAGCUAGUUGUAGGCUCCCCACCUUUUCAGACUACUUCCAUUUUACAUUUAGUCAGGUUGAUAAGAUUUGAGGCAAUAAAAUGGCCGGACUACAUUUCCCAAAAUUGCAAGAAUUUCUUACAGGGGUUGCUACAAAAGGAUCCCUCGCAAAGGCUGACUUGGCCAGCUCUUUUAGAUCACCCUUUUGUUAAGAAUAGAAUCGUAAUAGUCGGUGGAAUUGGGCCGACACCUUUCACCACGCCACUGUCCGCGAGUCAAGCUAGGGAGAAACAAUUACAAUUACAAAACUUGGUAGUGCAAUCCACUGAUCAUCAGUCCAAAUUUUUAGAGAAGGCUAUAAAGAAGCUACAAGAACAUGAAAGGACUAUCGAGGAGCGUCGACUGAAAACAUUUAUAUCGCAUCCUCGAUAUCCAAUAGCGCACGGUUAUUGUCAGCACGAAAUCAAUCAAUGCUACACUCUACGACACAGCGAGCCAAGCGGAACUGAUUCCAGCACUAGCGUCGAUGUACUUUUAGGAAAUCUCAGUUUGAGGGCAUCGUUAAGAAGCGAUUUGCUUUCGGCAGACCAUGCGUUAUGUGAAAGCGAUUGCCCAAACGGCAUGAACUCGGCAAGUAAGCAAGAGAAUUUAACGUUCGAAUACAAUCAUAAGCAACGUCGAGAACCACAAGAAACAGAGAAAAAUGUCGAGCUGAAAAGUGUCGGUGAAAAUGAGUUGAGUCCCGUGCAAAAGGUCGUUGCCAGAGAAGCUGAAACAGUUAAUUCCGAAAGGAACAAUCACUCGCGUUCUCGAAAAGAGGAUUCGGUGAAUGUUGGACAGUCGCGUAGCAACAGAAUUCCCGACUGGAAUCCAAAAGCUAUUGACAGACCGAUCGAGAACGAAGAGUGGAUAGCGUUCUUACAACGAUCUAUGGAAGAGAUUAUGGACGGCGAGGUAGGAUCGUUGCUUCAACAAAACUGCGUGUCGGUAUUUGUGUCACCGUUAAGGAAUCCAGCAGCCAGUUGCCGCGUUGUCGAAUACGUUGCCUGCCUUUUAUCGUUACCGUUCGUUGUGUCCACGUCGAAGGAGUCCCUCGAGAAAAUCAUGCAAGUGUACUUGGACGUUCGGGUUGUGCCGAAUCUCGUUUACUCCUUGAAACUUCUGAUGUCUGAGCAAUUAGAGCCCGAAGCUAAUAAAAAAACCGAACCUAUGAACGCGGACAUAAAAUCAGCGUCCACGUUGUCUGCGGACGAGCUACAAACCUUAGAGUACACGAUGCUUGUACUUUGUAGAUUGAUUUAUAGUCGUGAUCAAUUUCUAACUCAAUUUUGCGACGCCGUUUUCAUCGUAAAUGGUGUCUCGUUAUUGCAACAGUUACUGAAUUUGGAAAAGAGAAAGGCGCGCAUCGUUGCAGACUUAAUUGCGAUUUUAAACAAUGUUUUGCGGUCCCAACCCGAGAAUGCUCAUCUGGUAGAAAAAGUUGUAUUACACUCUGAUUCACCGGGGGAUUCAAAAGAACAGCUUGGUAAAUUGCUUACGCAUCGACAACCGAUGCUCAGAGCAAGAACUUGUAAUUUGAUUAGACUGUUGGGGAGGUUUUCUUGUAGAGCUUUGCAACAGAUUUGGUGCAAGUCUCUGAAAACUUUUAUUGAAGGCUUAACGAACGAUGAUGAUCAGGCUGUGAAGCUCAUUGCUGAAGACGCAGUCAAAGAACUGAAGGAAUUGAUGUACUACAAUCAACAAUAUCCUCUUGUUUGACGUAUUUUCUUCAUUACGUAUUUUAUAAUUUCUUUUUUGUACGAACAAGUAUGAAUAUUAUUUUUUAACUCAAAGCAAAUUAAAUCUUGCGUUCAUUUUUUA